UUUAUUGAAUUACAUAAAAAAAAGCUUCUGUGAAACUCAACUUGACCUUGCUAGUUCUUUUCCGUUCAGCUACCGCGAUUGGAACAUGUCUUAUUCACCUGAAAGAAGAUCAGAAGAUUGGCCGGAGGAUUCCAAAAAUGGGCCAUCAAAGGAUCAAGUUAACUAUGAUGGGCCACCCGGCUUGGAAACUGAAGGCGCUUUGGACACAAACUGGCAUCAAGUCGUGGAAAGCUUUGAUGACAUGAACUUAAAAGAAGAAUUACUGCGAGGAAUAUACGCUUAUGGUUUCGAAAAGCCGUCGGCUAUUCAGCAGCGCGCAAUUAUGCCAUGUAUCCAAGGACGUGAUGUCAUAGCUCAAGCCCAGUCUGGAACUGGCAAGACUGCUACGUUCUCUAUAUCUAUUCUGCAACAAAUUGACACUAGUGUUCGUGAAUGUCAAGCACUCAUUCUGGCGCCGACUAGAGAGCUGGCGCAGCAAAUUCAAAAGGUGGUGAUAGCUCUUGGUGAUCAUUUGAAUGCUAAAUGCCAUGCUUGCAUUGGUGGCACCAAUGUGCGUGAAGACAUCCGCCAGCUGGAGAGUGGUGUACAUGUGGUGGUGGGAACACCAGGACGAGUGUACGAUAUGAUCACUCGCCGAGCUUUGCGUGCUAAUACCAUCAAGCUGUUCGUGCUGGAUGAAGCUGAUGAAAUGUUGUCUAGAGGGUUCAAGGAUCAAAUUCAUGAUGUGUUUAAGAUGCUGUCUGCAGAUGUGCAGGUCAUUCUGCUCUCAGCUACCAUGCCUGAUGAUGUGCUUGAAGUGUCUCGAUGCUUCAUGAGAGACCCUGUCCGCAUUCUUGUACAGAAGGAAGAGCUAACCCUGGAAGGUAUUAAACAAUUUUUCAUCUCCAUUGAGAUGGAAGAAUGGAAACUGGAGACCCUGUGUGACUUGUAUGAUACUCUAUCCAUUGCUCAGGCUGUCAUCUUCUGCAACACCCGCCGCAAGGUAGACUGGUUGACAGAGUCUAUGCAUGAACGCGAUUUCACCGUGUCUGCAAUGCACGGCGACAUGGAUCAACGCGAGCGUGAGGUCAUCAUGCGGCAGUUCCGUACGGGAUCUUCGCGUGUACUCAUCACCACUGAUCUGCUUGCUCGUGGUAUUGACGUACAGCAAGUCUCGUGCGUCAUCAACUACGAUUUGCCAACCAAUCGCGAGAACUACAUUCACCGAAUUGGAAGAGGAGGUCGUUUCGGCCGUAAAGGUAUCGCCAUUAACUUUGUGACUGAAGCGGACAAGAGAGCACUGAAGGAUAUUGAGGACUUCUACCAUACUACUAUCACUGAAAUGCCCAGCGAUGUGGCCAACCUCAUCUAAGGGCCUAAGCUUUCCUGGUUUAUACUUUGUGUCCUGCGUUCUAUUGCGAUAUUUAUGAGGUGUGAGUAUUAGGAGCAGACUCCUAAAUACCGCUGUGCCGAAUUUUUUAUUGGAACUCAUUUUAUUUGGACCGAUAUAUUCGUUUUAGUUUAAUUAAUGAAUGCAUUAUUCUAUAAUAGACGUAUCAAUAUAAGUUUAAUAUACAUAGUUAGGAGUAAGACCGGCUCGGCCGGAUGGCCCCCGUUCCGCGCAGGCCUCUCUGCCGCUUGCAGAGAGGGCUCAUCGGGUACUGGAGAGGCUAUUUCAAUCACAAAAGUACUAGAAGGAAACAAUGUAUUGUAACUCUUUUUUCCAGUUGUACAUAAUAUGGUAACUGUUUUUGUAUUACGGUAAAUAAAUAUAAUGAAAUACCUUAGUUGUAUUGUUUAUUGAUGUGA